AUGCCCCCGAAACAAACCGUCUUCUCCGCAAAGAAGCAGAAGAUCCUGCAAGAACUCAACCGACCCGAGGAAGAAUACACGGACUUGUCACCCAUCGGAGCUGUGGAUCCCAACAUCCGGCAGCUUGUAAAUCAGAUCAAUGAGGCCGAGGGCUACGUGACGACGAGUAGUUGCGCGGGUAGAAUUUCUGUUUUUCUGGAAGGAGCCGGUAAUGUGAAAAUCGACCAUGAUAAUCACCAUGAUGGUAAUGAUGAUGAUCAUGAUACGGGCAGCACGAACAUCUCCUCAUCAUCAAGUCAACAAGGAAAAGGAGGUGGAAAGUGGUUAUUCGUCUCUCAUGAUCCGGUAAACUUGACAGAUCUGAAAGAGGAAGGCAAGCUAUUGGAACUAUUUCAACUUUCCGCUGGGAAUACGGAGAAUUCCUUCUCUGCUACUGCUCCUCCUCCACAAGUCAAGGUCAGGUUUGUACAUUUCAAAUUCGAACCCAUGAUUCUCCACAUCCUCACCUCCUCCCUCGCCUCAGCACAACACUGCCUCUCCUCCGCGCUCUCGGCGGGGUUUCGCGAGUCAGGAAUUACGAGCAUCACAGGCACCGAGCCAACGCCCAACGUUGGAAUACGAACACAAGGCCUCGCGUUAGAAAGCAUUAUUGCUUGGCAGGAUUCUGACUCGGGAAAGAUCCAUCCUAUGGUCUCGGAAGCUUAUCUCCGGACUUUGGUGGAGCUGGCCAAUCAGAGGUUUGGUGCCAAUCAGGAGAGAAAGGAGAGAUUCGCGAGGGCUUUGCUACAGUCCAAGGGGGAGGAAGUGAGGAAGGGAGACUCUGGGGAUUGGGAGCCGAAGGAUGUGAGGAGGGAGAGAAAGAGAGAGGAGGGGUUGAGGAGGAAGGAGGAGAUUCAGCGGCAACAGAGACAGAAAGCGGACGCAGAGUCAAAAGAGGGGCAGCAUGGUCCGGAGAAGGAGGAGGAGGAGGAGGAGGUGUUUGGAUCUUUUGGCUUGCAAGAGACUGUGGCAAAUGGUGGCGAUCCGCUACCUGCUGAGAAGCCCAGGAUGAUGGGUGAGAGAGGACACGGUCCCGUGGUGCAUCAGAAGAAACAUGAUGCAUGAAAAUUGCUGGACUAUUAGCUGACACCACCCCGAGGGGUCGAAGAUUUAUCUCAAGCCAAGACUGGCGUGCUGAGAAGCACGCCGGCAAGAUUCUUUUCAGGUCUGUGUGAUUGAGUCGCUAUAGACAAAUCUAACAUGCCAUUAGUACUAGAAAGCACCGGAUGAGCCAACCCCUCUUGCUUUGGUCUUGUCGUGCGACUUGUUGUUGAUCUUUCAUACACAAGCGCGACGAUAAUCCUUCCAGCAGAGUGCUGCACAUGCGCAUUCCGCGCUACACCCUACUGUGAUGUCGCUGAGAGCUAUGGAAGACUUUUACCAUGCCAGAUCUUCAAUUCUGCUGUAAGCACAUGCUGACAAUCGUAUUGUCCCAAUUCUCGACGUCAAAGAGCUCAAUCAUCAAUGACGAUCGGUGGUGGUGGCACGUACUCGGCGAUGGCCUUGUCUGUCUUCUCCAGUGCUUUUUUGCACUCUUCCAUGAAAGGCUUGAAGGCCUUUGGUGGCACAGCAUCGCCAGCCAUCUUCAAGCCCUGCCUGUGCGUGAUGGGUUUUCCUGGCGUAUCGCUCGCAUACUGGUAUGUGUCGGGAAACCCUUGAAGACGGAGUACCUCACGAAGAGUGAACUGGCGCUUGCCGUUCGGG